ACGGGAGAUCAUGUAUUAGCGCAGCGCGAUCUCUUGAAUGCGCACGUGUUGAUCGCGCCUAUUGUCUGUAGAAUAUUUCGGUGAUUUUCACUUAAAAAUCAUCAUGGAAAGGGGGCUGGGAGUGGGUCUUGGACCAGAUAUAAACAAGCAGCUUAUUCACCCGGGAAAAGGAGAUUUAUCAGAGUACAGAGAUGGAACUAAGGUAUAUUUCUACUACAAGGUGACAAAGUGCAAUGAUGAGGGGACGGUGUUGGACGACAGCCGACUUCAGAAGAAACCGUUUGAGCUGAUCACCGGCAAGCAGUUCAAGCUGGAUGUGUGGGAGAAGUGCCUGAAGACCAUGAGGGAGGGCGAGGUGGCAGAGUUUACCGUGGCUCCUUCACAACUCACAACCUUUGCUCCAGUGAUGAAAAAGCUCCGAGACAUAGCCAAGGGCACCGUCGACAACCCAGAAGGGGGCCACUGCUGUGGCAUGGCACAGAUGAACCAAGUCGGCCUGGGCUAUCCGGACCUAGACGAGUACCUCAAGAACCCCGAACCCCUCCGCCUGACCUUCGAAGUCGUCCAGAUCGAGGAAGAGGGGAAAUACAAGAAGGAGUCAUGGGCUAUGAACGAUGCUGAAAAGAAAGCGGCCUUGCCUCACCUGCGCGAGGAAGGCAAUAGACUGUACAAUGACAAGCAGUACGCCGCUGCGGCGGAGAAGUACGCGGAGGCCCUGGGAUGCUUGGAGAACCUUCUGCUGCACGAGCAGCCCAACAGCGAGGAUUGGCUGUCCACUGACACCAUGCGCAUCCCGUUCCUGUUGAACUUUGCCCAGUGCAAGCUGAUGCUGCAGGAUUACUACCAGGUGAUUGAGCACACGACCACUGUGUUGGCGAAAGACGAGACCAGUGUCAAGGCCCUGUACCGGAGAGCCAAGGCCUACGCAGCCUGCUGGGACUUCACCAAAUCCCGCAAGGAUUUCAAGAUGGCGCUGGAGCUCGACCCCUCCCUGGGAACCGCCGUCCGGAAGGAGCUGCGGCUUCUGGACGAGGCGGAGAAGAAGAAGGACGAGGAGGAUAAAGCCAAGAUGAAGGUGGUCUUUGAGAGAUACAGCGAAUGAAGAAUUUGGAAGACCUGCAUUGUAUUCGGCUGACUCAGUGUCGUUGUGAGGCUAGUCCUCCGUAACAAACGUUACAACCCAACUUCUUGUUGGAGAGACACACUGCGUGCAUGUAUUGAUACAAACGACUAACCCUCCAAUUGUUUAAUCAGUCACAGUCUAAAAUUUCAUUCACUUCCCCUGCCAUGAAUACUCUAUACAGAAUAGUAAAAAAAAACAGUCAGAUCACAUUCGUGUAUACACUGUGACCAGUCAAAUCCCGUCAACAGACAAAAGAGGUAACUGGUAGGUACAGCUGGCAUAUCAAUCAUCUCCAGUCAAAGCAUGGCUGUAUCAAAUUAACAAGGGAAUCCUUAUACUGUUUAAAAUCAGUCACUUGAUUGAUUUUGAUUGCUGUGAUGGCAAAGGUGAACACAUCAGCCAGUGAGGGAGUCUUAAUAUGCUCAAAACCUAUGGCUUCGUGUGAGAUUUAGGCGUCAUUGGCAAUGCGUUCCAGUGUCACUCCCAGUGGUCUCCCCCAACUCUCCCUUUGUAACUGUUGAGAAGGUACUUGUCCAUAGAGUCCAAAUUUGGCAACUGACAUUUCAUUUCUGUUGCUUGCCCAUGAAAUUGUAAGUGUUUCCUCUCUGUAGGACUUAUGCUUCUAUUUAGACACCAUAUUGUACCACAGAGCAUGAUCUAGGAAUUAGACAUUUUCCAGAAUCUUUGGACUACCCUCCCCCCCCCCAACACUGUAUGCGCUUUGUGCUGUGUGCUCGCCUGCUACAACUCGGACCACAGAGGAAGUGCUACAUGUUCUGCAUCAGCCUAUCCAUGUGCAAGUUUUCCUCCGAGUGGAAAAUUAUGAAAUUGUUGUAAAUGUACAAUUGCCUGCUAGACUGCAGCAGAUCUUAACUUCUGAUAACAGAACAUGUGAACAGGCGAGGAAAAGAACUCUCACAAAUGGGCCUGCUCCAUGCUUUUGGAUUGUGCGUGUAGAAUAUUAUUGAGAAACCAGGAAUCAGUAUACUUGUUAAGCAAAACUUGUGACAACACUUAUAAUAAACAGAUUCGGCUAGCACAUUAAAGGCAGAGUC